AUGCUGUCCUCUAUCUUCGCCCUCGCCCUCCUGCCCUUGUCGGCUCUUUCGCUCACUGUCAACAACCCUUCUACGACAGUCACCUCCGGUGGGAACCUCACCAUUACAUGGUCGACGACAGCGAGCGACCCAUCGACAUUCCACAUCGAGCUGGCGAACGUUGACUUCAACAGCCAGUUCGCUGUCGCGAACAAUGUCAACGCCAGUGCGGGGACACUCACGGUGCAGCUCCCUGAAGUCAACCCUGGGAGCGGCUUUGCAAUCCAGUUUGUGAAUGUUGCAAACAUCAGCCAAGUUUACGCACAGACCAGCGACUUCUCGAUUGCCAGUGCGGUCUCUGGUUCUGCUGCGACGGGUGCCGCCUCAACAGCGACGGGCUCGACGGCUGCAACAGGCACUGCUUCAGUCUCCCUGAGUGUCUCUGGUUCGGUUACCGUGACCCAGUGA